AUGACCAGAAGCAAGUCCCUUUCAUGGAGCUCCAAUGCCAUCCAUAACAACGGACAAGAGUUGAACCUCUCAAGACCAGAUGAAUUUGAAUCUAAUUUGAAGGGAACUUAUUUUGUAGAGUUGUUCUGUGCAUUUUACAAAACUAAAGUCCUGAGACAUUUGGACUUGAGUUUUAAUGCAUUCAAUGGUAUCCCCAUUCCCAAAUUCUUUCACUCUUUAAAGAAACUGCAAUAUCUAAACCUUGCACAUGCGGACUUUGGUGGCAUAAUUCCUCCAAGUUUGGGAAACAUUUCUACCUUGCAGUAUUUAAUUGUCUGUUCCAACUCUUUUUUACCUGUCAAUAACCUUGAAUCGGUGGCUGGUCUUGGCUCUCUAAAUAUAUAUCUGAAUGGAGUUGACCUAUCAAUGGUAGGAUCAGAUUGGAUUGGAGCAUUUAGCAAGCUUGCAAAUUUAACUAAUAUUCACUUAUCUUCUUGUCACCUAAAUGGAACCUUGUCUUAUCUUGGCUUUCUUAAUUUUAGUUCUGUUGCUGUCAUUGACCUUAGUGACAAUGUGUUCAAUUCCAAGCUCCCUAAUUCGCUCUUUAACGUUAGUAGCCUUGUCUAUGUAGAUGUCAGCCGUAGCCACAUUAAGGGUCAGAUACCGAGCACAAUUUUUAGACUUCGCAAUCUGAAGUAUUUUGAUUUGUCAAGUAAUAAUCUAACGGGAAGUUUGCCGGAAAUCCUUGGAGGAACAAAAGAUUGCCUUCCUAAAAGUCUCUUUUCUAGUUUGCAGUUGUUGGAUCUAAGUUUCAAUGACUUGGUUGGUGAAUUGCCAAAUUGGUUGGGUGAGCUUCAUAAUCUUGUUGAACUCCUUUUGGAUUUCAACUGGUUCUAUGGUUCAAUCCCUACUUCUUUUGGAGCUUUGAGCAACCUAACUAUUCUUGGACUCCGCGGAAAUGAAUUAGAUGGAACUCUUCCAUUUAGUUUGGAAAAUCUUUCCAAGUUGUUUAUCCUUGAUGUCUCUAUAAGUCAUUUGAAUGGAUCUCUGCCAAAUAGUCUUGGACAACUUUCUGAGUUGUAUGCCCUAGAUGUCUGUUUCAAUCAUGUUUCUGGCCCUAUUCCAGAAGACAUAGGCAAACUUACAGAGUACUUGAACUUCCUUUCUCUUGCUGGCAACCAGCUUACUGGUGAAAUCCCAGCCUCUAUUGGAGGUCUCCAGUGGGUGCUGGGUCGGCUACCCUUCCUUGGAACACUACGCCUCAGUAACAACAUGAUCUCUGGUGAAAUGCCUUUGUCUUUCCAAAAGUUGUGGAGUUUGGAAACUUUAGACCGUGGAAACAACAAAAUGACCGGUUACAUCCCUUCAUGGAUUGGAAGAGAUUUGAUGUGAUUGAGGUCAAAUGCAUUUACUGGAGAGAUUCCAGCCACACUAGCAGAUUUGAAGUAUCUACAAGUACUAGACCUUGCAGAAAAUUUGUUAGAUGGUGCAUUUCCUGCUAAUUUGGGUAAUCUUGAAGCCAUGACGCAAGUGCAGAACAUUAGUGAUUAUUCAUAUCAUGGGAUUUUUCCGGGCCACGAUUAUCAACAAAAUAUAUUUGUAAGUAUGAAAGGCCAAUCUCUAGAAUAUACCAAGACUCUUUCCCUUCUGACAUGCAUAUAUCUUUCCGGAAACUAUUUACAAGGAGAGUUGCCCCUGGGAAUAGCAAAGUUAGCAGGGCUGAUAGUUUUUAACUUGUCAAGAAAUCACAUCAGUGGCCAGAUUCCUCAAAGCAUUUCUGAAAUGAACCAUUUGGCAUCCCUUGAUCUCUCAAGCAAUAUGCUUUCAGGACGAAUUCCUCCAAGCAUGUCCUCACUAUCAUUCUUGGGGUAGUUAAACAUAUCAAACAACAAUUUCUCCAGUAGAAUCCCUUUUGUAGGACAUCUGACAACUUUUGAGGCAUCCUGCUUUGCUGGUAAUCCUUAUCUUUGUGGAGCUCCCCUUGUUGUUGAGUGUCCAGGUGACAAUUCCCCUAAUGCAGGAACUAAAGAGAAUGAUUGUAGUAGCAGUUGUAAUGAUGACAACAAAUGGUUUUACUUGGCCAUUGGGUUGGGAUUUGCAGCUGAGACCGUCUCUUUUGUUAAGGACAAUUGGACAAAUACUGAACAUACAUUCAUGGUGAGAUUGAAGUCAGAGAUUCUCAUCGUAUCUGAGGAAAAGAAAGAGAGAAUGGGUGGGGAAGGGAAGGUGUUGAGGGUGACUGGAGCAUCCGGGGUGGUUAUAACAUCAUCCAUGGCAGCAGUUGCAUUUAAUGGGAAACCUCUUGCUCCUGAUAUAAUAAUUGAUGAGACAUGGUUUUCAGAUCCUGAUAUUCGUGAGAAAUCAAAGUUAUGGUGCAUGCUCUCAAAAACCUUAGCAGAAGAAGCUGCUUGGAAGUUUACAAAAGAGAAUGGAAUAGACAUGGUUGCAAUAAAUCCUGGAUUGGUGAUUGGUCCUCUCUUACAGCCAACACUUAUUACUAGUACAGAGUCCAUUCUGAACCUUGUAAAUGAUAAUUUUUCAUCUGUUAGCAAGAUAUUCUUCUUCUCACGUGAAAUGCUUUUUGAUGGAUACCGCCAAGAUUUUAGUGACAUUAUACCUGGCUAA